GAUUCGCGCGUUCAUGCGAAACAUGCAGACCCGUCACGUCAACCAUCGAGAACGUUCCAACACAGGUCAGUGUCUCCGGUCGUCGCUGACAGCUCGCCCUCUUUACUAAGUCUACCCCGUCAAGAGGGGAAUCCUCCUCAGAUCUUCCUAUCCCAAUAUCCCGGUGCACGCCCCCUCUUCUUUUCCCUGGUGCUAUCUCAAUAUCUCGGAGCAUCAGCUGCACCUCUCCACACGCCAUUCGGAGAUGGAGCUGCUGCUCGCAAUUACUAUUUUCUACUUAUCCUCCUUCCACUUAUCCUCCUCCGCCUUCACCCCUACCAAUCCCCACUUCCUCGCCUGCGGCUCGACCUCCAUCAUUCCCCUCAUCACCGACAAUCCCGCUCGCAACUUCACUCCCGACUCCGACUUCUUCACCCCCAAGUCCAACUCAAUCUCCCUCUCCAACCCCAACUCCUCCCUUCUCUACGCCACCGCCAGGGCCUUCACCGAGCGCUCCACUUACCGAUUCAAGCUCGACUCCCAGGGUACACAUGUCCUCCGUCUCCACUUCUUCUCCUUCACCGACCAAAACCAUGACCUCGCCACUGCCCGUUUUGACGUCUCCGCCCUCGACCGCUUGCUCCUCUUCGGCUUCUCCGUCCCAAACACCCAAACUCCCGUCAUCAAGGAGUACCUUCUCUGGGUGGACACCGCCGAGCUCGCCCUCACCUUCAUUCCCCAUUCUAAUUCCAGUGCAUCCUCUUUAGCCUUCGUCAACGCGAUUGAAGUCUUCCCGGCACCCACCAACCUCAUCAGCAACAGCACAGAUCCCGAGUCAGUACCUUCCAGCCGGCGUAUCAACCAAUUAGCCCACCAGGCACUGGAGAUAGUCCACAGGAUCAACGUGGGAGGCCAAAAGGUGACCCCGGCCAAUGACACCCUUUGGAGGACCUGGGUUCCCGACGAUGAGUACCUCUUCACAGACAAGGACUUUUCGCUGGAUAACAGCACGAGCCCCAAGAACAUCAAAUACGCGGCGGGCGUAGAUCCUGUAAUCGCACCGGCGAACGUCUACGACACUGCCCGAACCAUGAACAUAUCGAGCUCCAUGGUAUUAUCCAACCCCAACUUCGACUUCAACAUAACCUGGAGCUUCCCUGUAACUUCAAACUACAGUUACUUGAUCCGAAUGCAUUUCUGUGAUUUCGUUUCGAAGAUCUAUACUGACCUCUACUUCGACGUUUAUAUCGGCGACCAAUUUGCGCACCAAGAUCUCCAUCCAGCUGAUAAAGUAGAUCAGCCAGCGGAACCUUUCUUUCUGGACUCCACCUUGUACGUUCCAACCUCGCAGCACCUCAUCAAUGUUAGCAUUGGCCGUUCGAGCAAGAGCAGCCCGACGACGGCUAAUGCUAUCCUGAACGGGCUGGAGAUCAUGAAGGUGAACCCCGGCAGCCUCGACGGAAGCAUCAACCCUGACUCAGGCAUUAGCCAAACCAAGAAGAUUCAUGUUGCCAUUCUGAUUUCAACCAUUGUUGGUGGUGUUUUUGUGAUUGCUUCAGCGAUCGCUGUCUUGGUGCUCGUAUGUAAGAGAUGUUGCUCGAAGAGUGUGACAAAGCCAGCGGAAACCCCAUUUUUGCGGGCACCAUACAGGACCGACGGUGCCAAUUCUGUAGAGCUCUCGAGCCAGUUUACUGAAAGAACAGCUCCCAGUGCCUCGCCCCACUUCAAAAUGUCUCUUCAUAUCAGCUUUAUUGAGAUCAAAGUGGGGACCAACGACUUUGACGACAAGCUCGUGAUCGGCACGGGCGGGUUUGGGAAGGUCUAUCGGGGAGUUCUCAGCGAUGGCACCAGAGUUGCAGUGAAGCGAGGAACGCGACGGUCAGGGCAAGGCUAUCCAGAGUUCCAGAGAGAGAUCCUUCUCCUGUCACAAAUACGCCACCGCCAUCUUGUCUCACUGAUUGGUUACUGCGAGGAGCAGUCGGAAAUGAUCUUGGUCUAUGAGUACAUGGAGAAGGGGCCUCUCCGGGAUUGCUUGCAUGGCUCCGACUUGCCAUGCCUUUCCUGGAAGCAGAGGCUGCAGAUAUGCAUCGACGCCGCCAGGGGCCUCAACUACCUCCAUACAGGCUACUCGCAUAACAUCAUACACCGUGAUAUCAAGUCCACCAACAUUCUGCUUGGAGACAAGUACUUGGCCAAAGUAUCAGACUUCGGGCUCUCGAGGUGGGGGCCUUCUUACGGGGAAACCCAUGUGUCCACCGGGGUCAAGGGCACCUUUGGAUAUCUAGAUCCGGAGUACUUCAAGAUCCUGAAACUCACUGAUAAGUCUGAUGUUUACUCCUUCGGAAUGGUGCUCCUUGAGGUGCUGUGCGCGAGGCCAGUGAUCGACCAGACACUCUCAAGUGAGCAGAUCAACCUGGCAGAGUGGGCUUUGCAGUGGAAGCAAAGAGGCCAGCUGGAGAAGAUCAUUGACCCGAGGCUUGUGGGGAAGAUCAAUGUGAAUUCUCUGAGCAAGUUUGGCGAGACAGCAGAGAAGUGCCUUGCAGAGUGUGCUGUUGAUAGGCCGACCAUGGCGGAUGUGCUGUGGAACUUGGAGUAUGCUCUCCAGCUUCAGGAAACAGAGCUGAAGAGGGAGCCUUAUGAGGACAGUGGUAAUGUGGAGUCGCAGUUUCCGGUGACAGCAGUCGGAUGGGCGCCUUCAACUAGGAUAUCAAUUGAUGAAGGUCGUUCGAUGGCAGGGAUGAGAGAAGUCUGCUCGGACACAACUGCAAGCAAGGUGUUCUCCCAGAUAAUUGUUGAUGAAGGCAGAUGAACGGGAUUGAUUUUGUUGGAAGUUGCAACAAAUCAAAAUGUUUGGUAAUGGGUAGUUAAUAAUUAUGUGGUAAUGGGUACUCAAUAAUUGUGUGGUAAUAGGUGCCUAAUUAUGUGGUAAUGGAUAGUCAAUGUGCGCUAAUGAGUAGUUGUGGUAAUAGGCUGCUUAAUUAUGAGGUAAUGAGUAGUCGGUUUUUUUUAGAGUUAAGUGGAUUUAUGUUUUCAUUUUGCAUUGUAAUGCCUAUAUAAGGCCGCCUAGUUUUUCAUGUUGAUAAAUGACUAGAAAAAAAUUACAAACUAUUGUGUACUUUGAAAAGAGAGUGGUAUAGUCCGUAGACUUUUCUUAAUAUUGGUAUCAAAGCCACUUAGAUC